AUGCCGAUUGGGGACCACCUUCGAUGGCUUGCUCGCGCUGGCAAGCGAGAGCCCGCAAAAAACGGCGGCCUGAAGCGAUAUCUAAGCAUAGCUGCUCUAUCACGCGAAGCCGUCAGCCGUCGGCGGAGCGCGAGAACGGCCGCCCUGGGCCGCGCACGUGCUGGCGGCUGGCUGCGCGGCGCAGCAGCCGAGAAGUGUGCGGCUGGAAGCUCGCAGAGGCCCGAAAGCAUUCGGCCUCGGCGCUCGCGCCGCACGCCUCUCUUGCUCGCUGCCCGCCGCCGUCCCGCCCGCGGCCGCGCGCGCUCCGGCGGCUGACGGCGGCGGCAUGGCAGCGUGAGCGAUGCGCCGGGUGCUCGAUGGCUCGAAAUCACUCGGCCCUCGGCGCUCGGCCGCUCGCAACACUCUUGCUCUGCUCGCUCGCCGCACGCCGUCGGGCCGCCGGCCGGCCGCCGCGGACGCCGCGCACGCGCGCAACGCGCACACACAUCCGCGCGAGAGAGAGAGAGUCCGCGCGCGAAACGCUCACAAAAAACGAACGCAGUGCUUCUCGCCCUGAUGCUCGCGCCCCUGGCGGCGGCGCUCCAGCCGACGCUGCCGACGAGCACGCGCGCCGCGCGGCCGUCGACGGCGCUCCAGAUGGUCUACGGCAAGACGCGCGCGUCUUCACGAAAGUUCGUGCCGGCGGUCUCGCAGAGCGAGCUGAGCCCCGGCAAGGCCGUGAGCGGCAUCUGCGCGGGCCUCGACAUCUGCGUCGCCGUCGACACGGACGGCUCCGUCUACGCCCUCGGCAACAAAUCGCCGGUCCUCGGCACGCCCAUGGCCGCGGGCCGCGUCGCCGGCGGCGAGAUCAAGGACCCCCUCACGGGCACGUCUUUCUCGGUGAAGAGCGGCCAGGUCGUCGGGCCCUGGUGCCCGAACUUCCCGUUCAACUUCCUCUUUUCGGUCAUCGAGCCCCAGGGCCUGCCCGUGUUCAAGUGCAAGACGGGCGGCGGCGCCGUCCAGGUCGAGGUCGACGUCAACGCCAAGACCAACUUCGAGUCGGGCUACUGGAAGGGUAUUCUGGAUGCCCAGGGCAAGACCGACGGCGGCUACUACUGA